CUUGUUGCAGUUUUGCAGCCACUAUCAUGAUGGUUCGCUAAUAGUACAUAAGAAACGAGUAAUCUUUAUGUAACGAGUACUCGAAAAAAUGGAAUUUCAGCCGCAAACCGGUCGUGUAAUUUUUAUUAAUUUUUCUUAAUUUUAAAUUGUUGAUUUCCAUAAGAAAUUCUUACCAAAAUAAAAGUUAAACGGUAAACAUUAAACGUCAAAAAAAGUUGAUAAAAAUAUCGCAUCAAAUAACUGCAAAAGAUUUAUGGAAAAAAAAAGAUUUCACUUUGUACAAGUAAAGUAGAAAAAAAAGAAGAAAAAAUUGCGACUUGCGUGGAAGUGGAUUGAAGAAAAUACAUCAGAAAUCUCAGAAAAAUUCCAAAGCGUCAAUGAAACAAUUUAUCAUUUUUAAAGCACCUUUCUAUAUAAAAACGCUUCUAAAAGCAAAAGUCGUACAAAAAUUUCUUAAACAUUACUAUUGAAAACUUGACGUUUUUUUUAGUUGACAUCAUUACUUGUUAAAAAAAUAAAAUAAAAAAAAAAGUAAAAAAAUCAAUGUGUUUACUUCAAGAUGAAUUAAGAGGAAAAAACUAAUUUUCCAGUUUUAUUAGCUUAAAAUUACGUACACACACAUGCACAUACACACACAACAAUAGAAAUUAAAGCUUUUUUUAUUUAGUGAAAAAGUUUAUUAGAAGAAGGGGAGAAAAAGAAGAAAAAACGAAAUAUACGUAAAGUUAUUGCCACAACCCGGGGUCUGGCAUUCAACUAACAAACUAUGUGUGCAGAAAAUGCCCAGAAAUGCUGCAAGAAAAUUGAAUAAGAAUGUUAAACAACAACACCGUCUUCCAUACCUAACACGGUCAACUAGCUGCAGUAGCGAAACCGUUAUUAUUAAUUAUAAUAAAAAACUUAGAAAACGGAAAACGAAAAAACAAUUUCAAACAUUCUUAAAAAAUUCAACUGAAAUCAAAGGCGAUAUAAAAGCUGUAGAAAAAAAUUGCAAUAAAAGAAGUGUUAACAGUCAAUUUGAUAUAGAAGAGAAGAAAAAUAAGAAGCAGCAAUUGAACGAUAGAAGAAUUAUAAAAAGUUUUAUACAAGAUACAAAAUAUUCAAAACAGGAAAAUAAUUCCCUGAGUGAAGAGGGGGAACUUGAAGAUUUUCAUGGUUUUAAUGAUCUAAACGAGGACACGGUCUCAGUCGAUGCGAAAAUUGCCGCUAAUGUUGAUGAAAUUGUUCAUAAAUUUAAUGAUAUUAAUGAAUUGAACGUUAAUUUAACCGAUAAAAUAAUCAAUAGCGUAAGGAAGCAUUUAAACGGCUCGCAGAUUAUCAACAAGGACGACUGCAUUAUAAAGAGUAGUCAUAAAAACUGCGAUAAUAAUAAAAUUUUGUGUGAUUCUUAUAAUAAAAGAGACGGAGCAAUAAUAACAAGAGCAGCAGCAGUAGCAGCAGCAGCAGCGUCAGCAGUAAAUUCAUUAGCAUUUAAGGGGAAAUCAUCGCCAUCAGCAGCAGUAGCAGCAAAAGCAACUGCAGCAGCAGUAGUAACAACAACUAAAACGUACCCAUCAUCAUCAGUUGCUAAAACAAUUGAAGCCACCCCAUCUGCAUUAUGUCCCAUUGUCAUUGAAACUGUAAUAACCACUCAAACGGUAGACAACAGUAGUAGUGCUGGUAUUGCAACAGCAGCAGUAGAUUCCGUUUGUAAUUCUUCGAAAUCUUUUUCUAUUUCUUCUACUGCUGCAUUUGUCACUAACGAGGAAAGAAAACACCAGCUCCAUCAUCACCACCGUCAACGACAACAACAACAACAACAAACCGAACAACAAUCGGAAUAUCAAAAAGAUUCUUUAAAUAAUGGAAAAGUCAUUAAAACAAUAGCAUCAACAAUAACGGCAACAACAACAAAUAAUAAAAAACUUAACCUGAAAAGAUCACCUUUUCCCAAUCCCAAGGAAGCCAGUGACCGUCUAACGACUUUAAGAAAGAGAAGAAUUACAAUUGACAACUUUAAUAAUCUAAGAAGAGAAGAGCAACGGAUUCAAUCGCCCCACCACCAUCAACGGCAACAUCAACUACAACGACAAACGGAAAAGCAAUGGGAAUAUCAAGAAAAAUCUUUAAAUAAUGGAAAA